AUGGAACUAGAUAACAAAAUCGAGUAUAAACUGAAGUUUCUGCUCAAUUCAAUGACAUUGAAGCAUAUUGAAACUAAGGAAAUACUAGAUAAGGAUAAGGUCAAGGAGUUUACCGAUGCAAACUGCAAUAGCAUGAAGGCUCAGCUGUUUUGUCAGAAAAUUGAAGACCAAACAUUCUUCCCAGCAUUUGGAGUGCCUGUGGGUAAGGAUAGCACUGUUCAUACAGUAUAUCUAUGUGAAGUAGCAUUUGGAGACUCUCUAUUUGUUGUACGUGACUUCGUUGAAGAAAAGUUACCAAUUCCGGAAGGGUUUGAUUCAUUGGUGACAGACAUGCAAAGUGAACAAAAAUAUCUCUCUGAUACAGAGCAGAAUAUUGGCAACUUCUUCUACGUUAUCAACGAUAAGUCAAAGAUUCUACCACUCUAUGAAGUCACAUUUGAGUAUGAUGCUGAAUUUGAAAAAAAUGCAAGAAACAAGAACAUUUGUCAUAAAUGUCAGAAACAGGAGGCAAUUGUGUAUUGUCCAUCAGAAAGAGCAUCUUUCUGUGAUGAAUGUGAUCAAGUUGUGCACGCUGAUGCGUUUUUAAAGAGGCAUGAAAGAAAGUAUUUCAAGACCUGUGGCCAGAGCAAAUUCAUAAACUGCUUCGAUCAUGCCACAAAGACCAUUGAAUACUAUUGCAUAGAUUGUGCAGAGCCGAUUUGUUCUUACUGCAAAGUAACAGGAUCUCAUUCACAACCAGAACGGGCUGGGCAUAAAAUCAUUUCAUUUGUGGAAGCAUGUGAAUCACUAAGCAAAGACAUCAAAAGCUCUUCAGAACCAUUGGUUGGAUACAGUGAACGUAUCUACAAGGAAAUUGAAAAGCUUCAUGAGAACAGUCUGGCUUUUAGGGAGAACAUCAAAAAAGUCAGGUUUCAGAUUGACAAAGAAUACAAGAACUUGUGUUUGCAACUAGAAGCAAUUGAAAACAACAAAGUGCAAACUAUGAAUGCGAACUACUUGGAAAUCUUGAGGCAGGCUGUACAAUUUGAACAGAUGAAGAAAUUUCCUGAUGAGAUGGACCCUACAGAUAGGUUAGAGUAUUACAAAGCAAUUAAGAAUCAAAGACAGAUGGAGCAUUAUGCAGAGCUCACAGUUGAGUCAUUUGUUCCUACUCAGCUUGUAGGAAAAUUGCAAAUUAAGACACCUAAAAACACGUGUCUGAGAGUUACGAACUCUGUUACAUCUGAAAAGAGUGUUCAAAUGAGAAUUGAAGCACAAAACCAAGCUAAAAAGUAA